UGUUUGACUUGUUCCAAACCUUGUUCUUGGCCUCAUUCACUGACUGUGGCUGUAGAGAAAAACAUAUUUUUACCAGCUUGAGAACAGCAUGAUAUUUUUUGUUUUUCUGUGUAUGCUGUCAUUUCCAACAGCUGUUUUUACAGGUUCUCACUCCUUGCGGCUCCUUGUAACUUACAUUAAAAGAGAGGCGCCACUUCCUGAAUUUAGUGCUGUAUAUUUGUUGGAUGACAUUAUAGUUGGAUAUUAUGAUUCAGAGAUGAGAAGCUACAUUCCAAGGGGAAAUACUACAAAUGAAGACGAGGAGGCUGAUCGUGCAAAUUAUAUCAUAAGGGAAUUUCGCGAAAACUACAUGAAAACAUAUGCAAAAAGGUUUGGGAACAAAACUGAAGGUCCUGCUGUUUAUCAGAUGAUGAGGAUGUGUGAAGUAUCAGACAAUGAUAAACCUGGGCAAUUGAUCCAUAAGUUUGCUUUUGACAGCUCCAUUACAGACGAAGCUCGUUAUUUUGACGACAUAUUAACAUAUCAAGGCAUAGAAAUGCCAUCAACACUACUUCUAGAGAUAUACAAAUGGCGGCAAGUAAAUAUAUGUUACCCAAUCUGCACAACGAAUCUCAUGAGCUAUCUUAAAAAGAGAGGAACUCGAGUAAACAGAAGAGUGAAACCGCGAGUCAGACUCAUUCAGAAAGCAAACCCAGAUUCUGGAGGGUUUCGUGUGAGUUGUUUGGCGACAGGAUUUUACCCUCGUCACAUCAACCUGACCCUGUUCAGAGAUGGACAGCCUGUAUCUGAUCAUGAGAUCACUGGAGGAGAUCUGCUGCCCAAUGGUGACGGGACGUACCAGAUGAGGAAGAGUCUGGAGAUCAGUGCAGACAAACACAAAUACACCUGCUCUGCCACACACCUCAGUCUGGACAACAAACUGGACGUCACUUUGGAGUAUGAUCACGGGGAACCUUUUAAAUCAGUGAUUCCUUCAGUUCUGAUGGUUUUGACUCUGGUGAUGGUGUUUGGAAUUGCAGUUGCUAUAACUGCAUGGAAAAGACGACAUAAAGACUCCUUUAAAAAUGGUUAUUCUACUCCCUCAUCAUCUGAAAAAAUCUGUGGAAACCAACAUGGAUGAGUGAAACAUCUUCAAACAAUGGACAAAACACAUUAUACUGAAAAACUGUCAGAUUUUUUUUUUCUCCUAGAGAAACUAUACACUUUUUUCCACUACCAGUAUUGUUCAUUGAUGCUACACAACUCCCGCUAUAAUUCAUAAUUGAUCAUUAAAAGUUCUAUGUCUGUGGGUUGCAUAGUAACUGUUGAUUCCAAAAAGAACUUAAUGGAACACCUAUCAGUUGUUUGAAGUCACCAUGAAAUAAAAUGUCUUCUUUUCAUUUA